UAUUUAAACAUUUAAUUAAAGUUUCGUUCAAUGUGGGAUAUUUUUCUACAGUUCAAAAAGAAAAAGUAACAUUAGCGGAAAAUUCAUAUCAUGAAUUGCGUCAUUUUCACAUUUAUUUUCUAUGGGAUUUAUCUUGUACCUACAACUGAUGCAUGUGCAGAUCGCACUCCUCUUGGAAUGGCAAAUGGAUUAAUUACUGCAGAUCAAAUAUCAAACAGCUCAAUGUAUGCAGAUUAUUUACCAUCACGUGGAAGACUUUACUCUUCGAGUUCAUGGUGUGGUUCUGUUGGAAUGAUAGAUGGAAAAUCUCAUUGGUUUCAGGUCGUGUUCAAUAGCCAAACAACAAUCAAUGGAAUUGCUAUCCAAGGUGGUGCACUUGUAGCACGCUAUUUCAUCAAAGAAUUCAGGCUAGAUUAUUCAAUUAAUGGAAUGAAGUGGAAUCCCUUUCAAAACGGCAAGAGAUUUAAAGGGAAUGUUGACAACUUAAACGUAGUGUACAACUGGUUCACAACAUCUAUGGUUGCUACUCAUAUUCGUUUGUAUCCAACGACUUCCAAUAACGAUCUCCCAUGCCUGAGGAUAGAACUUUAUGGUUGUUUGGACAAUAACAUUCCGUUACAGCUUGGUAUGUCAAGUGGCAUAAUUAAGAACACACAGUUAAAGAGUAAUAAUGGGAUUAUUGAAGCAGCAUCGAGAUUGUUUAAUUUUGACGAUGGAAUGCAUAGAAUGAAUGAUAAUAUUCCAAUGUAUUUACAAAUUGAUUUUCAAAAAGCAAAAACAGUCACAGGCAUAUCCAUGCAAGGUUCGUUCGAAGGGUGGAUAAAAAAAUUCAUAAAAAAAUACAAUAUAAAGUAUUCAAACGAUAGUAAAACUUUUACCCUAUUAAAUCAGAAUUUAGGCAACACGGAUUUAGGUGCUGUUUUUAUUCCCUUUCUGGAGCCCACGACAAUGAAAUACAUCAGAAUAACAGCUAUAGAUUGUACAAGCACGUGUGGUAUGAAAGUUGAGAUUUAUGGUUAUGAUCCAGUGUGUUUUCAAACUUUGACACAAAUGAAUAUAUAUAGAAGAAAUGGUGCCAUUGUACCUAAUGUUGAUAUUAACAGUCCAGGUGCAUGGUGUGCAACAGAUAAUGCUGAUUUUGUUCGUAUUACAUUCACCAAACCAAUAAUAAUCUCCGGGAUAAUUUUACAAGGAGAUUCUAACAGAGAUGGCUGGGUAAAAAAGUACAAAGUACAAUACGGUGCAACAAAAUAUGAGCUUAUUGAGGAAUUAGUUGGUGUCCCAGCACGGAUAUCACCAUUAUCUGUAAACUGGCUAAAUCCCUACAUCGUGACAAAUUUUCUACACAUUAUUCCAACAUUAUGUAACAAUGGCAGAUGCUGUUUAAGAUUUCGAUUAAAAGGAUGUCAGUUUGUUUUAGAAGAGCCUCAUACAAUACAAGGAAGCAUAUCUUCUUCAACAAUCACAUUUACAUGGAAAGCACCAAUUUCGCAUCCUCUUCCAGUGGACAAAUAUCAUAUUAGAAUUUCAGCGUCAAAGGAGUAUGAAAAUAAACACAAGUUCUCCUUCUCAACAAUCAACACUACUACAACACAUUUAAGUUAUAAUGUUUCAGACAUCAACUUCUCAGCAGCUCGUAUUCAAGUUAAUAUUACGGCAGAUAUUCAAGGAGUAAAAAAAUCUGCUAAACCAUACGAUUUUUAUGUCCAACCAAAAGAUCCACCAUCACCUGGAUUAACUAAAAACUUUUCUUUUAAUGAAACACACAACGCCACUAUUGUCACAUUAACCACUUCGUCAGAUGAAAACGGACCAAUCAGCUAUUAUGAGAUUGUGAUAUCAACAACUCGAAAGACCAACCUACCAAACCAACUAAAAAAUCAAGCCGAAUCCGAAUUAAAGAAUCUAGAUUAUUUUCUUGCUUCCCAAAUUAAUGCUGAAGAUUUGCCAACAGACGGUUUACAAUAUUCUUUCGUGGAGGGUCAAGAGUAUAUUGAUAGUUUAAAUGCAAGAAUAUCAACCGUUGGAAAAUAUUAUUUGUAUGCUCGGGCUGUUAUAGAUGGAAAUGAUAUUACAAAAUACGGCUUCAGCAAAAUGAAUUACUUUUCAAUUCUCUCUCAAGAAAUCAUGUUAGAGCGCAACUCUCUUAGCGUAAUUAUACCAAGAAUCUUGAAUGAUGCUAUUCCAUCUGUUAGACUGGUGAAAGGAUCUUCAAAUAUAGAGUAUCAUUUUGUUGUAAUCAUGAAAGUGAACAAGACAACUUUACAAGAAAAAGAACCAACGUUGUACAAACAGAAAGAGUUAAAGACAUACGAAACUGCUGAUUACAACGAACCUUACAUAGCUGGCGUAUUUAACAAAGCACAGUUACUCAAUGUUGAUGAGUUUAAAUUAGGUGAUAACGUAACGUACUCGAUGCCAUCCAGUUCUGCUCGCAAAAGAAGAUCAGUACUGGAGUACAGAAAUGGACCUUUAAUUGUGGGUGAAACGUAUGUUGUAUUUCAAAGACUUCUUGUGCAGGAUGAGUUUUAUUCAACUGCAUGGUCAAAAGAAUUUGUAGUACCCAUGCAAGCAGAAAAUGGUAAAGAGAAGGUUGCGCCCCAGCCACCAUCAUCGUCUUCAAAAUUGUCAUUAAUAAUCGGCAUAUGUGUGUCGUCAGUCAUUGUGAUUGUCAUAAUUGGUGCGAUCAUAUACAAAAGAAAGGUGGCAACGUCAAGGACGAAGAGCACAGAGAGUGAAGGGGAAAAAUCGGCUGGUGGAAGCAACUAUCAAGAUCUUACAGGAAUUCAUCAAAGUGUAUAUAAAGAUACUUACGAAGAACUUCAAAAUGUCGCUAAAAGUGGUCCCACUUAUGAGCAAAUCGCAAUGAAAAAAGUUCAACACAAACAAAUGGAUACAUCACAAUUUUCCAAAUAUUUUAUCCGACAAUCGAGCUCAAAUUAUGAAGGCCUUAACAAAGAAAUUAACUCGUUGGUUCAAAAUAAUGACUACCGUAACUCGAACAGUAAAGCAGCAACUAAUGAUGUAAUUGAGAUCAUCUCCAGCAAAGAUCGAUGUGUUGGUUACAGCAUAUUUCAAGGCGGUAACCUAAGAAAUGCUUUUGAUAUUUGGAGAAAAAUAUUUCUUGAAGCGUUUCCAGUUGUUGUAGUUAUACGAACCUGUGGUACAUUACGAUCGGACAAAUUACUUAACUGUCUAGUAGGCGAGACAGAAAAGUAUGGAGACUAUAAUGUACGGUUAUGUCAAACCUUAGUACGCAAAGAUCAUACAACUCAAGAAGUGGAAAUUAGCUAUGGACAGCACAAACAUAAAUUCUAUCUUUAUGAGUUUGAAGUAUUGCCAUUGAUGGAGUAUGUAGCGUCAACAGAAUACUUAAUGAAUACAUGCAGAGCCUUUAACCGCAUGGUUCAGACCAAGCAAAAUACACGCAUUUCUUUCAUCGAUAAUUCUGGUUACGGGUUUGAUAUUAUACUGAUUGUUAUUAUUGAAAUGAUGGUACUCAUUAAAGAAAAGGGAACAGUUGAUAUUUACAAUUUCCUUACCAUGCUUGUCAGCAAGGUUUCUUCAUUAAAAGUCACUUUGGAACAGUAUCUUAUCAUACACAAAGUAAUUUGGGAAUUUAUAGCGUAUGGUAAAAAGUAUGUACCAGUUGAAGAUUUUCAAAAUGAAUACAAUAAUUUCAAGAAGGAAAAAGAUGACAAAGGAAGAUAUUUUUUUGAAAGAGAGUUUCAUGAGCAGGAUAAGUUACGAAAGUCCCUUACAAAUACUUGUAUCCCUGCCUCAAGUUAUAAGAAGCGUGUUGUUUCACCAGUUUCACCAGAUUACAUUAAUGCUGUGUAUGUUGAUAGUUAUCAAAAGAGGAAUGCAUUUAUUGCAACACAAGCUCCUUUAAAAGAAACAGUUUUGGAUUUCUGGGAUAUGGUUUUAAAGGAAAAUGUAUCAACCAUUAUCAUGUUGCAUACUUUGAAUGAAGAUAGAACUACUGAUUAUCCAGUGUUCUGGAAACUUCCAGAAGAUAAUUCAAAAGACAUUAAAGUUAAAUUGGUUUCUGACUCGAUGCACGGUGUCGUUAUGUUGCGAUCAUUUUUCGUAUCGGUGAAAGCGGAAACACAUCCUGUCAACAUUAUACAGUUAACAAAUUGGUCUGUUAACAAUCUGCCAAAGAUUGAAGACAUGAAGUUAACUGUCGAGGAACUUAAAAAGUCUCAGGAAAGAUUGGAUCAUGGAACAAUUGUGGUAACGUGCGGUGAUGGUGCUUACCGAAGUGGAACAUUCAUCGCUUGUAUGAAUGCGUUGGAACAAAUAAAGGUAGAAGAGGGCGUCGACGUAUUUAACAUCGUAAGAUGUAUGAGACAAAGCCGACCAGAAUUUAUUUUAAAUGAGCACCAAUAUCGUUUCGUUUACGAAGUUGUUAAUUCGUUUAUGGAGAAUCACUCUGCUUAUGAGUAUAUCAACACAUGAAGUUCUAUAUACAAUAAUUUCAAUAUAAAUAUAAGAUGUAAAGUCUAAUUUUAACGUUUUGACAGCGCUGAAUGGUAAUUAAAGUAUAACUGAAUCUCACAUCAUAAAACAACACAUAUUGCAAGUUAUUGGGGAACAUAUUUGUGGACUCUACUGUUAAUUCAGCAUUGAACACUUCAGUAAAGUUUGACAUUCUAUAAAGCACAGAGUAACUAAUACUUGCAAUUUUAUUUUAUAUUUUUAACAUCACUUGUCUAAGUAUUUGUUAAUUACUUCCAGUUUUCAAAUCAUACAUUGUUGACAUGAUUGGAUGUAAAUGAUCUUAAAGAUUUUUUACAACAGGUUGGAUAUAUUUUUAAAAUCUAAAAUUAAAACAGGCGGAUAUUGUGAAACAAGUGGUACCGAAACAAGUGAUUAAGUAGAAAUUAUGAAGUCCUACACAUCAUCAUCAAAUGCUAAGACUUUAGGCUAACUUGAAAUUACCAAGUUAGCAAGCCUGAAUACAAAAAGUUUUCCAAAACGUUGGAUGUGUACAUUUAUUAUAAUUAAUUUCAUACUUUAUGAUUCAAUGAUGUCAGUAAUUCCCUACGUUCACGGAUGCACGGAUGCACAUUCUGUAUUAUGUGUUUUAUUUCACCAGAGUUUAUCCAACCGCGUAUUGUGGCUGAUGUAAAAAAGUACGACUUUAUUUCCGUAAAACAGAUUAUAUCAGCUAUUAAACUAUUUUCACCAAAAAAAGGUUUUUAACAAAACUUUUAGAUUUUAAGUCUCCUUCCUUUUUGAUUAGUUUCAAAUAUUUUUAACUUCUUACCACUUACGACUUCCUUGCUUGAAUACUGGAAUAAACUCAUUUGUCAAUUGAAAGCCUCAAUUUUGCAAAACCACACAUUCGAGAUUUGAACAUUUACAAUAGUUGUUUUGAUUUCCAACAUCACUUAUAAUUCAAGUUACAGGCUGAUAAAAAAGUUGCAAGUACUAUGAUUUUAUCUUUAUUAUGUCAUGCAGUGGAUAAAAAGUAGAAUUGCCUUGGUAUAAUUUAAAAAAUUAGCAAUUUUGUUGAGAUAUUGAAUAAACACAUAGUACUAGUAAAACGCUACAAUAAAGACUUUUAAAUCUUUUUAUCUCUGAUUAUAUAUUUUCAUUAAUAUCUUUAUUAUUGUAAGUUUAAUAAAUUUUAAUUGAUCUUAUAUUGGGCAUUGUGGUUAUAAAAUAUCCUAUGGGUUCUGCUGGGGUCCUGUAGAUUUAAUCACAUUAAAUUAAUUGGUGUAAGCUGUGUUCAUGAAAAUAAGUGGGAAUAGAGAUGGCAUUGAUUAAUAUAAUCUUAUAAAUAAUUAUAAUAUAAUUUUUGAGGGCAGGCGGUUUUUGCCGUUGAGCAUCACGUCAUUGAGCUUUUAGAGUUACUUUAAUUAGCUUAAUAAGAACAGGGUUUAAUUUUUGGACCCUAUAAUGCAGCACAAUUGCAACGACUGAAAAAAAUAUUAUGAAAGGUUGCCAAAUGUAGAAAACACAUUGAAAGUCUUAUCUGCAUAUCAGUAUUUUAGGAGUUAUACCUAAGAAAUUAAGUUGGUGGUAAAUGCAACCCUCCUAGUAAAUAAGGGUUAUCAUAGAAUGAUGUCAAUUGUACUAUCUUAUAUUUGUGAUAAUUUGUUAUUUUUCUUGUUAAUUCUUUUACAUAGAACUUGUUAUUAUUAUUAAAUAUUGUAAUACUUUUUCUAAUUCUUCUUGUAAAAAAUAGUUAAAAUCCUCACGAAAAUGCGGCAUUUGUAUUUAGGCGUUAUUAAAGGACGAGAAAAGUCACUUAGAA